GCCGGGGACUCGGCGGCGGCGGCGGCGGCGGCUCUGAGGGUCCCCGGGGGCGGCCGGCGGCGGCGCGGCGGCGUGGGGGGCGCGGAGAGCGGCGCGGCCUCCCGGGGUCUCGCGGUCAAGCAUGGACCCCGUCGCCACCCACAGCUGCCACCUCCUGCAGCAACUGCACGAGCAGCGGAUCCAAGGCCUGCUCUGCGACUGCAUGCUGGUGGUGCGGGGAGUCUGCUUCAAAGCCCAUAAGAAUGUGCUGGCCGCCUUCAGCCAGUAUUUCCGGAGCCUCUUCCAGAAUUCCUCAAGCCAGAAGAACGAUGUGUUCCACUUGGAUGUUAAAAAUGUCAGCGGCAUAGGACAGAUCCUGGACUUCAUGUAUACGUCUCACCUAGAUCUUAACCAGGACAACAUACAAGUGAUGCUGGACACGGCCCAUUGUCUGCAGGUUCAGAACGUUCUCAACCUGUGUCAUACAUUUCUCAAGUCCACCCCUGUGGACCCACCUCCCGGCCUGCCCUGCCCGGCCGCCUUCUCCCUGCAGGGCGCGCUCACCCCCGACGCCGCCUGUAUCAUGAGCGAACCCUUCCCUCCUCACUUACUGCAGGACUGUUCGGCCGAGGCCCAGCCUGGGAAGGUUCUGGAUGGAUCUCAUGCUCACACUCCACCCGACAGUCUUCACCAUUCCACGGGGGAAAUGUCAAAGCAAGCCCCGGAGGCUCUGGACGGCAGCUGCGCAGAGCUGCCUUGCAAGCAGCCCAAUUACUAUUACAAACUGCGAGACCUGUACAGCAAGCAGUACUACAAACAGGCCGCUUGUCCCAGCCACGAGCGGGUGGCAGAGCAGCCCUUCGCUUUCAGUGCCUCUGCGGACCUCACAGCCGUGGAGACGCAGCCGUGCGCCGUCAGUCAUCCCGAAUGCCUACUGGAGUCUUCAGAGGACUUGCCUUCUACCUUCCUGGCCCCGCCACUCAGUGACCCUGGCCCAGACCCCGAGUCGGAUGCCCCCUGCCAGCCGCCUACCAGGCAGAUGAGGCUCAAAAAGGCCGUUCACCUGAAGAAGCUAAAUUUCCUCAAGGCCCAGAAAUCAGCUGAGCCAGCAACGGAACCCAAGUUAGAUGAUGGCUUGGCAAAGAGGGGAGAACCUGCUAGUGAAGAUGGGGGCGAGAAAGCCAGCAGUCCAAGCACUGACCCAAAAGAACUCCCAGAACUCGCCUCUGAGGACCUGAAUUGUGGGGUCAGCGGGAGGGAGAGGCCCGAGGCCCCGGCCACCCUGGAGGACCCGUCCCAGGCCUUUCAGUCGCAGAGACAGUAUGCGUGCGAACUGUGUGGGAAACCCUUUAAACACCCAAGCAAUCUGGAGCUGCACAAACGUUCUCAUACAGGUGAGAAACCUUUUGAAUGUAACAUUUGUGGGAAACAUUUCUCUCAGGCAGGCAACUUGCAGACUCACUUACGCCGGCAUUCUGGCGAAAAGCCGUACAUCUGCGAGAUCUGCGGAAAGAGGUUCGCCGCCUCUGGAGACGUGCAGCGCCACAUCGUCAUCCACUCGGGAGAAAAGCCCCACCUGUGUGACACGUGCGCCGAGGCUUCAGCAACUUCAGCAACCUGAAGGAGCACAAGAAGACGCACACGGCCGACAAGGUGUCACGUGCGACGAGUGCGGCAAGUCCUUCAACAUGCAGCGGAAGCUGGUGAAGCACCGCGUGCGGCACACGGGGCGGCGGCCCUCAGCUGCCGGC